GGAUGUUUCCGACAGUCUGUGAAGGCAUCAUCAGGUCCAUUCCGGAGGGCAACGGUUCGGUUGUACAAUUUACCGACGAGGAGGGCCGACAGGACCACGCCGACGCGCCCACGGCUUUUGUCGAUGUUUUAAGUGAAACACUUGAUCCAGCAACUCCGUUUUGUACCCCGUAAAGGCCAGCAGCAGCACACAGCCGUCAUGGCGGAGGCCCACCAGGCAGUGGCCUUCCAGUUCACCGUCACCCCGGAGGGCAUCGAUCUGCAGCUGUCCCAUCAGGCCCUCACAGAGAUCUACCGCUCGGGCCUCCGCUCCUGGAAGAAACGUAUCAUUCGACUCAAGAACAGCGUGAUCACGGGAGUGUAUCCCGCCAGCCCGUCCUCCUGGCUCUUUGUGGUCAUCGCCAUCCUGGCCACCAUGUACACUCGCUCCGACCCCUCCAUGGGACUCAUAGCCAAGAUACAAGAGCAUCUGCCCGUCAGCCAGUCCAUGAGCAGCCAAUGUCAGACGGUGGUUUCGGCAGUGCUCUUCAGCACUUUGCUGUGGCUCCUGCUCAUCUUCACCAUGCGCCUGUGCCUCAAGCAGCUCCUCUCCUAUCACCGCUGGAUCUUCGAGCAGCACGGCAAGAUGUCCACCACCACGAAAGUCUGGGUGGCACUGGUGCGCAUCUUCUCCGGCAGAAAGCCUCUGCUCUACAGUUACCAGGGCUCCUUGCCAAACCUGCCUGUGCCCGCCAUCAAGGACACGCUCAAGAGGUAUUUGGAGUCAGUGCGCCCGCUGAUGGAUGACACCCAGUACGAGCGGAUGACCAAACUGGCCGGCGAAUUUGAGAGCCGCCUUGGAAAUCGCUUGCAGUGGUACCUCAAACUUAAAUCGCUCUGGGCCUCCAACUACGUCAGCGACUGGUGGGAGGAAUACGUGUAUUUGCGAGGAAGGAGCCCCAUUAUGGUCAACAGUAACUAUUACGGCAUGGACUUCCUCUAUGUGACCCCCACACCCAUCCAGGCAGCCCGAGCCGGUAACACCAUCCACGCAAUGUUCCUGUACCGCCGCAAGCUCAACAGAGAAGAGCUCAAACCUAGUCGUAUACCCGGCACUGUCAUUCCUCUGUGUGCGGCUCAGUGUGAGAGGAUGUUCAACACCACACGCACUCCUGGAGAGGAGACGGACACCGUUCAGCACUGGCAGGACAGCGACUAUGUGGCCGUGUACCACAGAGGACGCUACUUUCGGCUCAGGGCCUACCAGGCGGGAAGACUGCUUUCCCCGAGGGAGAUCGAAUUCCAGAUUCAGAGGAUCCUCGAUGACCCUUCGGCACCCUGCGCGGGAGAAGCCAAACUUGGCGCUCUGACCGCCGGCGAUAGAAUUCCGUGGGCGCAAGCCAGGAGCAAGUACUUCAGCAGCGGGCUCAACAAGCGCUCGCUGGACUGCAUCGAGAAAGCCGCGUUUUUCGUAACCCUGGACGACGACGUGCAGGGCAUGAUGGAAUACGACCCGGCGGGGACUCUGGACCGCUACGCUAAGUGCCUGUUGCACGGGAAGUGUUACGACAGGUGGUUCGAUAAGUCUUUCUCAGUGGUCAUCUUCAAGAACGGGAAGAACGGAAUCAACGCCGAGCACUCGUGGGCCGACGCACCGGUGAUCGCGCACCUGUGGGAGUACGUCGUGGCCACCGACUGUUUCCAGCUGGGUUACAACAGUGAAGGUCACUGCAAAGGUGAUGUGGACCCAUCACUCGCGGAACCUCAGAAGCUCACAUGGAAAAUUCCGCCAGAGUGCGAGGAGCGGAUCUCUCAGUCCCUGGCAGUGGCCCAAGCCCUAGCCGACGACAUCGACUUCCACGUGAUAUCGUUCCGAGAUUUCGGCAAGGGAAAGAUCAAGAAGUGUCGAGUCAGUCCAGACGCCUUCAUCCAGGUGGCUCUUCAGUUGGCCUACUUCAGGAAUCGGAAAACGUUUUGCCUGACCUACGAGGCCUCCAUGACUCGUCUGUUCAGGGAAGGCAGGACCGAGACGGUUCGCUCCUGCACCAACGAGAGCAGUGCCUUUGUCAAAGCGCUUGUGGGUGGUGAGUCGGCAGAUGUCUGCAGGCGUCUGUUCCGCGCGGCAUCCGACACGCACCAGAACCUUUACCGCAUGGCGAUGACCGGCGCCGGCAUCGACAGACACCUCUUUUGCCUCUACGUCGUGUCCCAGUACCUCGGAGUGGAGUCGCCUUUCUUGAAAGAGGUUUUAUCAGAGCCCUGGAGACUGUCCACCAGUCAGACAUCCAUCCAGCAGGUGGAGCUGUUUGACCUCGUGAACCACCCAGAGUACAUUUCCUGCGGGGGAGGCUUUGGUCCGGUGGCUGAUGACGGCUACGGGGUGUCGUACUACAUUGUGGGAGACAGCCUGAUCAACUUCCACAUCUCCUGCAAGCACUCUUGUCCUGACACCGAUGCCCAUAAGUUUGGUACUCAGAUCACAAAAGCCUUGCACGACCUGCUGGAUCUGAUGAGCCCCGGCCAGAAAGAGCCCAGCAAAACCGAGGAGGGUCGGCCCGAGCUGAAGAAGAACCUUUAGAUGCUUCCACCGCAGGGAGAAAAGGGAUCGUUGAAGGGAAGGUGUUUUAAGCAGCGUUACCGAUUGAGGGCAGUGUGGACAUGAGAAGAAAAGAAAUCAGACAAGAAUCGAAGCAGCCAGAUCAAAAGACAGCUCAGUUGAGGGAAACCAGUCCAAGUGAGGUGAUGUUUUUACAUGCCUUUAUAUAUUUGCCGGGUUUGUCCACAGAAGAACUUGUCAUUCAGUCCCACUAGGAAUUAAUACUCUUUUUUAAAUGUGUAUUUAUUCCCACGGUGGAUAAAAAGCUUUUUUUUUUUUUUUUUUUUUUUUUUUGUACAGGGGCAUGUUUGUUUUGAUACAAUUGAAUGCUCAAGUAUUUGCGCUUGUUUGCUUGGGCAUUGUGCAGUGACGACGUGCACGCAAAGACACAAAUGUACACGCGCACGCGCACACACACAUUAAGAUAUAUAACCAGGAAGGCACCUGAAACAUUCCUUCACUUAAAACGUUUUGCUUUGCUCUCUAGUAAAAUGUUGUGCUUCUUCUUUAUGUGCCAAAGGCUUUUGACUUUCGAGUGCAUUCAGGCAUUUGAAAAGAUGGUGAAGCACGUUCACUCCUUGUAUCUAUCCCUCUGUUUGUUUGGGUUUUGUUUUCUUUUCAUCUGUCCAGUUCUUGAAAAGCACCAAAGCAAUGCAACAUAUGUUUUUGAACAUGUGCAGGUCAAAUGUGGACUUUUUCGUUCAAGCAGUUGUGGUCAAGGCCAACCCGGACAGAAGCUCCUUGAUUGAUGUUGUUCUGUUUUCACCACAGGCCCUGCUCAGACUGUGUCACAUGACUUUAAUCCAAACUUUUAACCUGAAGUUAACAUAAAGACAUUGUCGAAGA